GUUGAAUGUCAUCUUUAUUUGAACCAGAGUAAGCUACUGGAUUACUGCAAAUCAAAAGACAUUGUUCUCGUUGCUUAUGGUGCUCUGGGAACCCAAAGAUACAAAGAAUGGGUGGACCAGAACUCUCCAGUUCUCUUGAAUGAUCCAGUUCUUUGUGAUGUGGCCAAAAAAAACAAGCGCAGCCCUGCCCUGAUUGCACUUCGUUACCUUCAGCGUGGGGUUGUGACCCUGGCCCAGAGUUUCAAAGAGAAUGAAAUGAAAGAGAAUUUGAAGGUUUUUGAAUUUCAAUUGUCUCCAGAGGACAUGAAAACCCUAGAUGGCCUGAACAAAAAUUUUCGCUAUCUUCCAGCUGAGUUUUUUGCUGACCACCCGGAAUAUCCAUAUUCUGAGGAAUAUUAACAUGGGAACCUGGUCAUGACUUGUGCCUGAUAUCUCUGUGUGUGGACAAUGAUGCUGGUGAUCUGUCUCGGAUGCUGUUGGGUGGACAUGUCAUUUCUGAUCAAUGAGGGUUGCUUAGCAACUCAUAUUCAACUGAAGCACCAGCUAAUGGUCUCGAAGAAAAGGAAUUUAAUUUUCAUGAUUUAAAAAAAAAAUAAAUAUGUUUCACUCAAAAGAUA